UCUGUCAAAUGCUACCUAAUGACGAUUGGCUAAAUAUGUCCAAAUGUGUGUGUUUGUGUUGGCUUUGUACGCUUUACAUUGAGCAAGAAGGAAACGAUCAUAACAGAUUGAAAGUUCGAUUUUCCAUCUAGUAGCCUCCGAGCUACACAUUUUGUUUCCAUAAGUGUAUAGAAAAGAGUUUUCGCAACGGAAAACAUUUCCAGAUACAUCGCCAUCGGAACGUGAUUUAGCGUAACACUGUGCAGGCGAAGUUUUGUUCCCUAUCAUUCCAUCAGUACGAAAGGCAGAAGAAAUCCAUCCAACAAACAAACAAACCCUUGAUUCUACUCUUCAGCAUACGACGGGUGUAAGACGAAGUAAUCUACGUCAAAGAAAUUCGUUACCAGCCUAACAAGUAUACAAAAUGGUGAAAUUAUACGCCCUGAGUGUCUUUUACAAAGCCCCAACCGAGGCACGGCUGCUGAAAUCAGCCUACGAUCUGCAAAGCUUUUCCUUCUUUCAGCGUGGAUCUGUUCAGGAGUUCAUCAGCUUUGCCAGCAAAACCCUUGUCGAAAGAACACAGGCCGCAACCCGGCAAUCCGUGAAGCAAGAUGUGUACAUGUGCCACGUAUAUGUUCGGGCCGACAAUUUGGCCGCCGUUUUGAUAGCGGAUCACGAAUACCCGCAGCGGGUUGGACAUACGCUGCUAACGAAGGUUUUAGAUGAUUUCACUGCCAAGGUAGGCUCGGAACUGUGGCCUGUGACGACAAACGAGGCAGCAAUACAGUUCGGGACGCUUCCGGCAACGCUGAACAAGUAUCAAGACCCGCGGGAAGCAGAUGCACUUACGCGCAUGCAGGAGGAUCUGGACGAAACGAAGAUUAUUCUGCGUAACACGAUUGAUGCGGUUCUCGACCGGGGAGAGAAGUUAGAUGAUCUGGUUUACAAAUCCGAGUCCCUGUCGAUACAGAGCAAAGCAUUUUACAAGACAGCGAAGAAAACUAAUUCGUGCUGCAACUUUGCCUAGGCAUCUACAACCCUUUCCCGAUUGCAGCCUCAUAUGCAUCCGCGGCCUUAGAGCCUUUUGUGAUGAAACCCACCUAAGUGUGUGCGUGCGUGUGUCUGUGUCAGAGGGCACGAAACAGCUGUAGAUGCCAGGGGUGAAUGCAUGAUGGUUUUUUAUAAAGCUAGUUCUUCUGCUAGUUUUAAAUGUUUAUGUUUAUCCACUUUACGACACUUUCCGAUUUCGAUCGAGACAUUCGUUUACCUAGACGACUUUGACGAUGCUCUUGUUGAAUCAAAUUGAAUUUGCUCCAAUGAACAAGAAAGGAAUUUUGGUACAACAAGCAGUCAAUAAGAAUGCAAAGAAACAAUGGGGUUUUGUUGCAGUGGAAACAAAAGGAAGAGUGUGGCGAAAACGGGUGUCCCUUAAUCUUAUUAUUUAGUACUGUAUUAAAUUUGCUUCACUAUAAACCAAAUCGUAAUCCAUUAAAGCUCAACAUCGAUGUGUUGCAAUGAAAGCUUUGCAUCUGAUCGCUUUUUUUUUAAAGAACGUUUUUUUUUUCGUCCGUCUCAUGCAGAAACAUUUUUAGCGUGAACAAUGGCUAUAAUUUGGUAGAGUUUUUUGGUAUUGCUUGGCUGUUGAUUGAACUAAAGAAUGCUGGGACGUUGAUGCAGGCUGUUUUUAAAAAUGAUCAAAUGCGAAAUUCCUCGACUACGUUAAUAAUCAAUGUUGGUAAGGUGUAGAACUGUUAUUAUACCUAUAACAUAUUAAAAACUAUAAAUAUUAAUAUUCAAUAUUGGCGAAACAUGAUGUAAAAGCGUGAAUAAAAUUUACUCUCCUGCAUAUGGGAGGAUCAUAUGUAUGAA